AUGCACAGGGUCUUGUCUGUGGAUGCAACGCUUGCCCCGAGAGACCCCCAAGCUCCUGGCCAGUUUGGGCACCCUGUUGCAGUCCCUGACGAUAAACAAGAAGAAGCAAAAAGUAGAUGGAAAGAAGGAAACUUUAACGUCUACCUCAGCGAUUUGAUCCCCGUAGACCGAGCCAUAGUGGACACCAGGCCUGCCGGGUGCUCCGAGCAGCGGGUUCACGAUGACCUCCCGACCACCACCAUCAUCAUGUGCUUUGUGGAUGAAGUGUGGUCCACCCUCCUCCGCUCCGUUCACAGCGUCCUCAGCAGAUCUCCUCCGCACCUGAUUGAAGAAGUCAUUUUAGUGGAUGACUUCAGCACUAAAGAGUACCUCAAAGAGAAGCUGGACAAAUACAUGUCGUGGUUCCCAAAAGUGAAGAUCCUCCAUCUCAAGGAGAGGCACGGUCUAAUACGGGCCAGACUGGCGGGAGCGGAGAUCGCCAAAGGCAGUGUCCUGACGUUCCUGGACUCACACGUGGAGUGCAAUGUGGGGUGGCUGGAGCCGCUGCUGGAGAGGGUCCGCCUGAGCCGGGCCAAGGUUGCCUGCCCCGUCAUCGAGGUCAUCAGCGACAAGGACAUGAGUUACAUGACCGUGGACAACUUUCAGCGCGGGAUUUUUACUUGGCCAAUGAAUUUUGGAUGGAGGCAGAUUCCACAAGAGGUCAUCGAGAAAAAUAAAAUCAAGGAAACUGAUAUAAUAAGGUGCCCGGUCAUGGCAGGUGGCCUGUUUUCCAUCGAUAAGAAGUAUUUUUUUGAGCUGGGAAUGUAUGACCCAGGACUGGAUGUUUGGGGAGGUGAAAAUAUGGAGAUUUCAUUCAAGGUCUGGAUGUGCGGGGGAGAGAUUGAGAUUGUUCCGUGCUCCAGAGUUGGGCACAUUUUCAGGAACGACAAUCCUUAUUCCUUCCCGAAAGAUCGGGUGAGAACGGUGGAGAGGAACUUGGCCCGCGUUGCAGAGGUCUGGCUGGAUGAGUACAAGGAGUUAUUCUAUGGCCACGCUUACCACUUAGUCUUGAAAAACCUGGAUGUCGGCGACCUGACUCAACAAAUCCAACUGCGAAAGAAGCUUCAGUGCAAAAGCUUCAGGUGGUACCUGGAGAACGUCUACCCAGACCUGGAAGCUCCCCUGGUUAAAGCCAGCGGGCUGCUUGUUAACAUAGCCAUGGCAAGAUGCAUCACUGUGGAAAACACUACUCUAGCUUUUGAGGCGUGUGAUGUUAACAACAAGAACCAAAAGUUCAACUACACCUGGCUGAGGCUGAUCCAGCAUGGAGAGCUCUGCAUCGCCCAUGCCGAUGCUGCGGGAGCGCUGGGCCUGCGCCACUGCGAGGGCCAGAGCCGCAGCCUGACGUGGCUGCACAGGUCGCUGGUCGCCUUCCAGCCGGAGCUGACGGACCACAUCGUCUCAGAGCACCUCCAGCAGCUGGCUUGCUUGGAAGUGGAUCCCUCUCACAAAGCCCUGAGGGUAAAUGCCUGUGACUCCGCAAAUCCUUAUCAAAAGUGGCAGUUUGGCAAUUACUAUGCAGACUGA